AUGUCAUGAACCUGAUUGUUUAAGAUACCGAGGCAUUAUUAUAAAAAAGACUUAUCUAUUACUCUUACGACUGUUAGAAUGUUUGCGAUCAUUUUGUGUUCGGGUUUACCAUACCCAAGUUAGAAACGUGUAUCUUAUAGGUGUAGACACCGCCAUUCACAGGUUAUGUUUUUGCGUUCUGGAGUAACUCUCAUUUCAAUCCGGUUUUUCAAGGAUUUCAAUCAUUAUAUUAUUGCAUUCUAGCUUAUGUAUGAUAGUGAACUGAUGUUUUAUUGAACCUUAGCGCCAAAUGUCAAAUCAAAAAUCGUUUCUAAUUUUAAAAAUUAUCGUCAACAAUAAAGUCUUAAAUAAAAAAAGUUCGACAGAGUGUUGAAAUAUUAAUCGUUACUUUGCGUACUACCGGAAUUACCACUUGAUUCAAUAUUCUUGUAUAUUUUAUGGGAAAACCUAAUAAACAUGUCAGCAAUGAGAAUCGAUGGUCUCCGUAAAUAAAAUUGCGUACCUACUCUCUUCGGUUUGUUUGUUUUUUAUCACGAGUUUUAUGCUUUUAAAAUGUGUGGUGCUCUCCUGUUUUUCAUCAAAGUUUUUAGUUUGUGCAUUUUGGUAAGCGAUUCCAACUGUACCCAAUGGAUUACCGCCAACUAUACCAGAGUAUCGCGCCAAGCUCGUCCCUCCAGUUGCACCCUUCCACCGUACCCAGAAUUUGGUCGAUGGACUAUUUACGAAGUUUCAUCUCAAAAGCCUCCUGGAGAACUGGUUCCGCCGGGAACAGUUUUAGAAGUGAGUUGCGAUACAAAUCAUAAACUCGAUUCCCACGAAAUUGUCACCUGCAUUCGUGGAGUGUGGAGACCCGAAAUUGGGAAUUGUUUACGCACGUGUCCCACGAUAAACAGUACUGUUAUUAUGACGGUGAGUUGCACCUUCAACGAACAAAGGUUAAAAUCUUGUGCUGAUCCUUUUGACGGAACGAUCGCAAGAUUUCAGUGUGCUCGCUAUUUCGAAAAUCAGGGCCAAGAAAAAGAUCCCUUUCGCUUAUGCUCCAACGGAAAAUGGUCUGGUAGCUGGCCGACCUGCGUACCACGAUGCGGCCAACCAGUGCUUAGAAAAGAACCCACACUGAUUGUUGGCGGAAAUGAAACACAAAAACGCGAGUACCCUUGGCAGGUCGCAUUAUAUAGUGCGUUUAAUAAAGAAUUACUUUGCGGUGGAACCUUAUUAAAUCAGAGAGUUGUCCUAACAGCGGCACACUGUAUAACAGAUAAUAAAGGCAAACUGCUACCAAAAGAAAACUACGUAGUUGCCGUUGGUAAAUAUUUUCGCAAAUACGAUCACCCGGACGAUGCUGAAGAUGCACAGUUUUCUUCUGUGUACGACACCUAUAUUCCUCGACAGUAUAAGGCACAGGUUCAGCAUUAUUUUGGCGAUGUUGGUAUUAUAGUUACGACGAAAAUUUUUGACAUUUCUGCCAGCGUUCGACCUAUAUGUGUUAUGUGGGAGUCAAAGCGCCAUCAAGUGCUGGCAGAUCCUAGCAGACAGAAAUAUGCUUACGUUAGCGGCUGGGGUUACACUAUAGAACACAAAAAUCUUUCUGAUGCUCUUAGAUACUUAAAAGUCCCGCUUAUCACCGACGAUGAUUGCAACGAAAAAUUAUCUGAAGACCUCAUCGAAUACAUGACUGACGAUAAGUUGUGUGCUGGGUUUUUAAAUUCUAGCACUUCUGUGUGUAAAGGUGAUAGCGGUGGAGGUCUGGUGGCCAAAUACAAAGAACGUUAUUACAUUAUCGGAAUUGUCAGCAUUUCGCCCCAAUCAGAAUCGGCGUAUGGUGGCUGUAACAGUCAAACAUAUACUCUCUACACCAGGUUUUCAUACUACAUUGAAAGCUUCAUCCUGGAAAAGGAAGCUCGGUUUAGACCUCGUCUGGACUGUCAAGAUCCUCUUAAUUGUGAUGUCGAAAUCCGAUCAACUACGCCAACACAACCUACAACAGAAGUUGUUACAGAAUCAUCUGAGAGUACCCGUUGCACUUUACCUACUCAUCCCGAAUCUGGAAAAUGGAAUAUCAUUGCAGGAUCUGUACUUCAAUCUGGAUCGUCAGUAACAGUGGGGACCGUCUUAAAACUCGAAUGUAACAAAGGUUUUAAGAUGGAUGGUCAAAAUUUAAUACAUUGUGACAAAGAUAAGUGGUCAUCUGAACCUGGUCGUUGCUUGAAAAUUUGUCCACCGAGAGUAAAUACUGCAACUAUGAAAGUUACAUGUAUCUACAGGGAGAAAGAAAUUGAAAACUGUAAUGAACCACUUGAAGGCAGUAUCGCUAAAUUUCGGUGUGCCCCGUUUUACGAAGAUUCACAGUUAAAGAGAAGACCCAUUCAUAUUUGCAACGAUGGUACGUGGGACCAGCAACUUCCCCAGUGUGAACCAAUUUGUGGCCAAAAAACGGUAGAAGCUACUCAGUUAAUUGUAGGUGGAACUAAUGUGACCAAAGGAGAUUACCCGUGGAACGUGGCUUUAUACACCAACGAUCAGAAGGAAUUUAUAUGUAGUGGUUCACUAAUAAGUCAAAGAAUCGUGGUUACAGCUGCCCAUUGCAUUGCUGACGAAGGCGGAAAAGUACUUGACAAAAACAACUAUAUCAUAGCUGUUGGAAAAUACUACAGAAAUUAUGGUCAGAUUGAAGAUCCCGAAACACGAUUAUCACAGGUGAAAGCCAUGUUUGUUCCCGAAACUUAUAAAGGUAGUAGUCAAAACUAUAUGAGUGAUAUUGGCAUAUUAGUGUCUAAAAAAACUUUUACCCUUUCACGAAGAAUUCAGCCUGUGUGCUUAGACGUAAGUCAAAAUUACAAUCUAGCUACAGGCGAAAUGGGCUACGUGACCGGAUGGGGUGACACUAGUAAUGAAUCCAGUAUCGCAUCAGCAGUUCUGAAAGAACUAAAAGUGCCUUCGGUUUCUUUAUCUGAGUGUAGAACUAAUUUACCAGAAGACUUCGAGGUGUAUCUUACGUCUGACAAAAUGUGUGCUGGAUAUUUGAGAAAGGGAGAAUCAAUAUGCAGAGGCGAUGAUGGUGGAGGAUUGGUAUUUAAACAUAAUGGCAGAUAUUAUCUUACUGCAGUCACCAGUCUUUCUCCUGCUUCGUUCAGUGAUAGGAGGGACUGUAAUAGCCAGAACUAUGGUCUCUACACUAAAGUUUCAAGUUAUUUAAAUUCUUUUAUUUUGUCAAAGUUAGCUGAAUAUAACAGCUAAGUUUAAGUGUAAUAACGACUAAUAAGAGUUCUAUCACUUUUUGUGAACAGAUCAGCUAGAUUCUAAUUGGUUUUUAUUGUAUUAUUUGAACUUAGGUAUUAAACGAAAA